GUGGGCAAACGUAUGGUUUCUGAUGAUUUCUAUGUUGCAGCUGUUCACCCCAUACUCGCCGACCGCACCCUACGCUACGGUGGUGCCGCUGAGCGUGAUCGUGCUCGUGACGGCGAUCAAGGACGCGAUCGAGGACUACCGGCGGUACCAAUCGGACCGGCGCGUGAACGGAAAGCCGGCGUUGGUGGUGGGCCGGGUGGUCCGGGAGCACGCGGACAGCACCUGGGAGACAAAUUUCCCGGUGCUGCGGCGGUUGAAGUGGGAGGAGAUUCAGGUGGGCCACGUAGUCUACCUGGAGGCCAACGAGGCGGUGCCCGCGGACGUGCUGCUGCUGUCUUCCAGCGACGCGGAUGCGGGGCUCGCGUACGUCGAGACCGCGCAGCUCGACGGGGAGUCCAACCUGAAAACGAAGGCGGCGCUGCUCGAUACGAAGCAGAGCCGCACGCUGCCGCACCUAAUUCCCUUGGAGGGCAUGCAGCUGCAGUGCGAGCCCCCGUCGCCCAACCUGGAGCGGUUUUACGGCACCUACCGCAUGGUGGGCGCGCUGAACCCGACUCCGGUGGACAUGAAGAACCUGCUUUUGCGCGGCAGCACCCUGCGGAACACGGACUUCGCGUUUGGCGUGGUCCUGUACACGGGCCACGAGACGCGGCAGUUCCAAAACAGCAACCGCCGCACGCCGAAGCGGAGCCGGAUCGAAAAGCAGAUCAACACGUAUUUGGGGUUUGUUUUCCUCUUGAUGGCGUUGUUAAUCUAUCCUAGAGACUCCCUGAGGAAAAGUACACCCAUACCAGAAGAAAACAAACUUGUACUACUGUACUUGUGGUACAAAAAACCGUUGUUCAGCAUGGCGAACUCUUUCGGUACCUCUCUAGCCGCUAACUAGCAUAAUUACCAACAGCGUCUCGCACGACGCAAUAAAAUAGUACUCAGCUGACGGAGCGAUCGGCUGACAAGGUGCGUCAGGGGCAUUGCGCAUUCAGUCGGUCACUCACUGUGGUCUCCGUAUAUGAACAGAUUUGAAAGUAGUCAUCUUUCUCCUGCUACGGGUAUGGAAGCAGGUGUACUUUUCUAUAGGAUAUGAUCGUGGGCUCUUACCUCCCUCACCGCGCCUUCCUCGACGAGAUGCGGUACUACCGCUCGGCCGAUCCCGACGCAACGUCCGGCUUCGGGGGCUUCGUCGUGUUUCUCAUACCCAUUGCAAAUGUAUCUGGGUCUGGAAACUUGUGCUGCUGUUACUCUUUUCGCGAAACGCUUGUUGCAGAUCAUUCGCAAAAUGCUAGACAGACCGGCCUGCAGCACGACAGAAUAAUUGGCCAAUCGCAUUGAUUCAUGCCAUACAGAUUUGAUUGUCCUGCAAAUCUCGUAUCACGCCCACACAUAUUUGCGCUGCAUACCUCAUUUUGUACAACAACCUCGUGCCCGUGUCGCUCUACAAAUCGAGGGCGGGGGCAGCUUGCCAAGACGCCGACGAUGCCGCGCCGCAUCAGGCUGCGUCUUCGCUUUCCCAGGGAUGCGGCGCACCGCCUCCGUGGCGAGGGCCUUGGCGCCGCCCCCUUUGUGGGUGCGGGCACACAGACACGCUCGGUGGCUCUGUGGCCAAUCGCAGGGGUGGCGCCCGUUAAAGUUGGGACGCCGCGGCGCCGCUGGCCGCCGAGGAUCUCACGCAGGGCGCCAAACCGCGCGCGCACCAAGGGGGGCGGGGCCGCCGUAUCUCCGCCCCACCGAGCGGAAGGCCGAAGGCCGGAGCCAAAGCAUGGGCAAGAGGCGUAGGCCCCGGAAGAAAGCCAGGGCCGCCACGAAUAAGCGCCAAGGGCGCCGCGCCCCCGCCCCCGCCAUGACAAGCAGCGGGCGAGCGCGCGCCGGCAUGCGUUUUGUCGUGGGCUAACAGCCUUCCCUUCUUUGCGGCGAUGGGCAGGCCGGGCCAGCAGCCUUGCCCAGGGCCCUAGCAGAGCAGCCGCGGCGCACUGGCGGCGGCAGCUCGACAAUGGCCCGCCGGAUCGUGCGUGCCGGGCCCUUCCCACCCGGGUGGCCCGUAGCGCGCUCUUUCUGCGGGUUUUCCUUCCGGGGCGUUUUUCUUGGAUUUCUUUUGCCCCUUGUGUGAAAUUGUUGUGCCGCGGGAGUGGCGGAAGGGAUUUCCAUGACGGGAGGGGAGGCGAGGGGCUGCCGGAAGCUUUUCGAGUAGACGUCGCGGCGUGUGUGCGUUCCCCGGGGUGAUUUCUGCCAAUGCGCGCGGCCAAGCGCGGCGAGAAAAUCUGUGAGCGCUUAGUUUGGCUCUCUCCGCGAGGGGCCUUUGCAAUCUGAUGCGCGGGCCGUUUCAACAGUUUCUGUACCCGAGUGCGCGCCUGUGGGGGGGCGGCGCAUUCGCAAAAAAUAUGCAUGCAAAAAUUUUCAGCAUACUUGAGAAAAGCGCACUUGGCCGGGCCAUAUAUUUGCGCUGCAUACCUCAUUUUGUACAACAACCUCGUGCCCGUGUCGCUCUACAAAUUCUGCGCGCAUUUUCUUGCGGCGCAAGGCGAGUAAACCUGUGCACGCUAGUGAGGGGCUGACUUGAACGCGGUUUGUUUUGCCUAGCUUGUCAGCGGCAGUGCUGUAGUAGGUAAGUGAGUACUGACGCGAAGGGGGGCGGGGCGCUGGGGGUUCUUCUGUGGCUGAUGUUUUCACCUAGAAAACGCCGGGCGCGCGCAAUAUUUUGCCCCGUUUCCCGGAUUGCUCUCUCCGUGCAGCUAUUUGCCGCUAUGGCCUGGGUCAGCGUGUGAGGCUGGAAACGCCCCGCGAGAUGUCUACACAGGCCCUGGCCUCCUCGUCUCUAGCGGGCACCACGCACAUAUGUUGGCCGCGAAGGCUUUUCCGAAGCCCUUCCAAAAAGGGGGGGCCGGAGGGGUGCCCGGAACCCUAAAAAAAAGCCUCUUGCUUUUUCUUCGAAUCACGAUGGUGCUACCCCUCCCCAAAAGGGGUCCCGGAACCCCUCUGGGAACCCUUCCCGAAAGGCUCUCGGGUUUCUCGCAUUUUGAUGAAAAAGCCGCAAAGGCAAAAAGCGCGCGCGCCUGCCGGUGCACGCGCGCACAGCUGCGCGACAUUAGAAACAAGGGGAGUCGCAGCCACGGCAGGCUCCGUUUGCGCCCUCGCCUCCGACCGACUUGCACAGAAUGAGGCCCAUUGUCUAGCGGCUGGACUGCAAGAGGACCUGUUGCAGCACCUCCAGGCUGCAGGGGCGCUCCGCGGCAAGUCCGAGGAGCAGCAGCGCCGGAUAGCUCCGUCUUUAGCCACUGAGAUGCGCUGCGAAUAAGCUAGCUAGUUCAUUAGGUGCGCAACAUAGUGGGGGGCUAUACGUGUGCAACGUGAUGGAUGUCAAAUACAAAAAAAGGCGCGCGGAAAAUUUUUUACAGCUUGAGGCAAAUACAAGCUUGACGACGCCAUAUAUUUGCGCUGCAUACCUCAUUUUGUACAACAACCUCGUGCCCGUGUCUAUGGCGUUCUCAAACGUUACAUUCUCAACUGUUACAUGAAUUUGUAAUGCAAGACUAGCACAGGUAAGAGGGAGAAUCUUGCGCGUCUUGCAUUACAGGUUUGGCGCGGACUACCGUGCUAUUUAGCCCUCCGAGAAUUUGUCAUGCGAAGCAGCUUGAUCGUCUGGCGGGUCAUGGUCAUUUUGCAUGACAAAUCAUGCAACAGUUGAGAAUGUAACGUUUGAGAACCCCAUAGUGUCGCUCUACAUCUCGUUGGACCUUUAUGCACGAUAGAAACUGUGUUAGUGCUGCAAUUGUGUAAUGUUGCAGAUGAACGGCAAGACUCUUACAUAACUCCUGUGCCUGUCAUGCAGUGAGGUGGAGACAACCAUUACCAUGCGAGCCUCGUUUCCGGAGGGAUUUGACUCCUACUAACUGCGCAUGACAAGAUUUGUUUGCCACGCAGGGAAAAUAGAUUUUGCUGCUUAAUGGUGUUUGUCCGUCUAAGAUAGAAGCUACUAAUCGACAGUAUUUUUCUUGGAUAAGCACGUCAAGUUCGGCCAGGCACUGCUACUGGCGCGGGACCAGAACUGCUGGCACACCAACAAGCGGGGGGAGACGGAGCCUGCGGAGUGCCGUGCGAGCGCGCUCUCGGACGACAUGGGGCAAAUCGACAUGAUCUUCAGUGACAAAAUAUCAAAUGUAAAAAUGUCUGGGUCUGGAAGAUUUGAACUUGUCAUGCUAAAUCUAAAUGAUGCAAAAAUCUGUGUUGCGUGACGAGUGUCAAAAGCUGUCCGCUUUUGACCAAGUUGAGAGGGAGUUUCUCAUGCAGGAAAGGCAUGACACAGACCUCAAAGAAUCUGUCAUGCUGGGUCUCGCAUUUCAGACCUCAUGGGUCAUAGAAAACCUGCAUCACAAAUCGUGCAUUCUUCCAGACCCAGACAUUUUUACAUUUGAUACAAAACGGGCACGCUCACCGAGAACGAAAUGAUCCUGCGGGUGUGCUCCGCAGGUUGCCGCGUAUUCGGCGACCGCUUUGUUUUGGCCGGCAGCACGGCGGAGGCGCAGGCGGGGUCGACGCCGGCUCCAACUGCGACGGUGGAACAAACUACAAACGUGAGCGCAGAAGCUCCAACGAACGCCGAGCCUCCGUCUUGCAGCUCCGACGGAGAAGGCAGCGGCCGAGAUGUAGUCUCCAACGGCCAGGAUAAGACGGCCAAAAUUGCGGAGCCUGCUAGGGAAGCGGAAGGGUCGACGUCGUGCGCGGCACCCAAUGACAAGAAAAACGCGGCGGACAAGAACAAGAUUUCUCCUUUUGCAAAAGGGGUAGAUAUGCUGACGGGACCAUUAGCAGAAUUUCUGCAGUGUGUGUUGCUCUGCCACGAGGCCACUCCCGUCAUGAACAAGUCCCGAGCGCAGAUCUCGCAGGAAGCGCACCAGGCUCGGCCGCUGCCACUCAAUGUUCCGCUUGAGCCAGAUCACUUUACGCAAAUCCCCGACCGCUCAAGUAUGGUGUCCGCCACCGGGGACCUUGGGCCAGGACCUCAUGCGACCAAGAAGCGAUCGCUAUCAAAAGCAUAAGUCGUAGUUCCGCUGUGUCGUGUUCCUCGCCUUCUCAAAGUUGAAACAACACAGAUCUGUUUCUGGCACAGAAUUAGUGACGAGCAGCCGUGCUACAACUUCCCUACGAUUUGAUGUGAAUGUGAUCGUGUAAAGAUGCUGAAGGUCGCGAGUCAAAACCGUGGCAAGUCAAAUCUAUGGCAUGCAGUAUGAUCCAUCAAAUUCGUCUUGUUGCAUGUUCUUGUGUAUUCACCACUAUGACAGCGAUCACCCUCCAUUUUUUUUGAUAGCGUACUGAACCUCCAGGGGAUGGGGACGGAACUGGUUCGGUGGACGAACUGGGAAAAUCGGUAGCGUCGUCCAUGAUCUCGAGGCGCCGCAGUGGUCGGCAGCUCCGAGGAGGUGGCGACGCCGCUGAGGUCGGGGCGUACCAGGUACUACUUUGGUAAUCAUAUUUUAAGAGCGGUGUCAUAAGUAUGGUGUUUGAGCAGAAGACUCAUACGGCGCCACGUGCGCAAAAACAGGCCGAGACGGCGAGAAAAAUCGCAGAAGUAGUGCAUGGAAGAGGCGCAGACCCAGACAGCGUCGUGCCUGGGUCUGGAACGGUGUAGCCCUUGCCGUGCAUAUUUUGCAUGACUCGGAGCGUGGGUGUGUGCCAAUACGUGGGUCGCAGCGUCGCAGGUUUUGUGGGGGCUCCUCGAUGCCCUCCCCGCAUGAGAGUGAGGCGCCCUCUGCGCGUAGCACAGCCCCACCUCGGGCCCGCCCUCGCGCUAGAGCUCGGGCGAACUUUCCCGGGACCAUGCUUGCACCAAGGGAACGGCCAUAAAGUGGAGGCCAAUUAUCUCAACUCACCCUCAACGCUUAGCGCGGAACUUACCUCUACUGCCGGCACCCUGGUGCCCCUGGCUGCAUUGGUUUCGUUGCAGCUUCUCUGCUACUUUCUGAGAUUUUGUUAUCAAGUUGGGCGCGUCUUCGAGGUUUUGGUGCAAAGUUUGUGGCUUCUAAACCCUAGGACGCAGCUUUUCUUCUUCGGGGUUUUGGUGUAAAUUUUGUUGCUUCUAAACCCUAAGACGCAGCUUCUGUGCUACUUUCUCAGGGUUUUGUAUAAAAUUGCUUGCUUCUUCGGGGUUUUGCUGUAAAUUUUGUUGCUUCUAAACCCUAGGAUGCAGCUUUUGUGCUACUUUCUCAGGGUUUUGUAUAAAGUUGGUUGCUUCUUCGGGGUUCUGCUGUAAUUUUUGUUGCUUCUAAACCCUAAGACGCAGCUUCCGUGCUCCUUUCUCAGGGUUUCGUACAAAGUUGGGCGCUUCUUCGGGGUUUUGCUGUGAAUUUUGUCGCUUCUAAACCCUAGACGCGACAGCUACGCCGCCUGGUAUGCCGCCCCUAUUUCCAGCGGUCACAUUAGCGCGUCGCAGUGUGGCGCCUUGCUUGCUCUACAUGGAACAGCCGCCGGAUGGCUUGCUCUACAUGGGCGGAGGUGGCGACGCCGCUGAUGUCGGGGCGUACCAGGUACUCACCAGAAGGAAAUUGUAGCAGAUACUUCGCGAAUUUAAGCAGAUCCAAAAGUUGCCGCUUUUUAUCAUUUUGGCACUGUGAGGACGAACAAGGUCAAGCCUUGAUCGUCAAGGUAGCAGGUCCAGGUGGCACUCCCCGUGACGUCCUGGCUGCAUCCUGGAGAAGCUUACCGCUGAAUCCGCUUGCGCGAGGGUUACGCACUCGCUUGGGCCGAUAGGGCUAUUAGAGAGGGCGACUGAGAAGGGCGGUCGGCCCCCCGAGCCAACAAAAUUCGGUAUUGCUGCCCCCGUUGCCCUCUGACCUGCUUCUAGUAUUUUUGUUGGAGCAGGCGCAUUCUUUAGCCUCACCAUGAUGGUGCUCCAUCUUCAUUUUUGCGCUAUGCAGCCUCACCUCGUGCGCCUGCGUUGCCUUGCCCCUGUUUUACGAUGUGGCGUCGCGUUUUCAGUCUUUACGGCACAUUCGUAGAGGCACACGCGGCCGCUCGGAAGCAAAGCAGCCCGCCGCGACGUUUUUACUCGCGCGCGCCAAAGGUUUCGGCGCAGGGGUGUUGAGCGUUUCAUAGGGUGGCCGGGAAUAAAAAAAAAAACAGCUGGCGGCCGCGGCGGGGAGCCACUGCACGAGACGCGGCGCCACUUCACGAAAGCAUUAAAAGCGAACAAAUGUUCCGCGCGCAGGUCGCGGAAACAAUUCGCAAAGCCAAUAAGUGAGGCCCUCCGUGUGGAGGGUUGAGUGAAACUGUCGUGCUCCGUUGGACAGGAAAGCCCGGCUUCUUCUUGCCUCGCUAGCGGCCCACAAAGAAACCGGCCCCUCCGCCCGGAGGGGGCGGCUUCUUUAGGACCCGGAAGUUCCGAAAGUGCCAACUUUCGUUGUUUUCUGGGUAAAAGGUAGCGGUCCGGCUAUCAAACAAACCGCCUCCUCCGCGCGGAGGGGUCUGUUUCUUUCUGGGCCGCCAGCGGCGGACGAAGAAACCGAAAAUAAGAAAUCGACCCCUCCGCGCGGAGGGGUCGAUUUCUUAUUUUCGGAACGGCGCGCGCAGCGCGCCGAAGAAUUUUUUUUUGUUGCAUCCAGCACUGGCUUCGGAAGCAAGUCGUGGGCUACGCCUCCGCGCGGAGGCGAGGAUUUCUUGUGUUCCCAGGUGGCGACGCCGCUGAUGUUGGGGCGUACCAGGUAGAAGCCUCGUAGACAUCAUUAACUCGCUUCCGUGCAAGUAAGUAAAUACAUACAUAGUUGUUGGUCCUCUCACCGGAAACCGGUGUCACUUAAAUGCGUCUGCACGUCCCUCCAUACCCAUCAUGUAUAGCUCGUGCACUUGCAGUACUCAGGAAGUGGUUCUACAAAGCAGCGCGGCAGUUUUUUGUUGAAGAACCAACUAGGAAAACCAGCACAACAAAGAAUUGUUCGCACUUUGGUUUUCUCUCCAGGUGGAAGCUAAAUCGCCGGACGAGGAGGCGCUGCUCCACGGAAUCGCGGACCUGGGCUACAAAGUGUUGGAGCGGUCUGCGAACGAGUUGACGGUGCUGGAGAACGGGCACUACUUGAAGUGGGAGAUUCUAGGUGUGCAUGAGUUUACCUCGGACCGACGGCGCAUGAGCAUUGUGCUGCGAGAAAAAAUUCUGGCAAACAACCGCGAGUCCUACAUCAACUCCGCGGCCCACGGUGUCUCGCAGUCCGGGCAACGGCGAUCCGAGCUGGACCAGCGUGUAGUGCUGUUCAUGAAGGGUGCGGACUCCGUCAUGCUUGAGCGCGCCGCGCCGGACACCAUCCUGCCACCUGCUGUGGAGGUGGAGCCAACUACCUCGAGCAGCCGUGGCACAGCAGGCCGCGGUCCGGGCGCGUUGACUGCUGUGGGCUGCGCUGUUGUAACCACACCAGGCGCGGCCGUCCAGGAGGAGGAACAGCGACGAAAUUUCGCCGUUACGGAAGGCAUAACUCCUCAGAUGUCGCAGACAGAGACCGGGAGGAGCUUGCAAGCCGAGGGCACCAUGCCUGGUGGUGGUGCUGCUAUCUCGCGGCACGCAGGGAUCCUGCAGGACCUGUCAGAGUUCAGUGUCGCGGGAUUGCGGACGCUGGUGAUGGGCCGCAAGUAUUUAACGGCGCCAGAAGCCAACGAAUACAUCGCAAGGAUGAAAGAGGCCUCGGCCGCCGUGAUGGAUCGUGAAGAAAUGCUGGAAGCCGUGGCAGAUUGGGUCGAGCGGGACGUGGAGCUUCUCGGUUGCAGUGGGUUGGAGGAUCGCCUGCAGCAAGACGUCACCGAGACGAUUGGUGGCCUCUUGCAAGCGGGCAUCAAAGUGUGGAUGUUGACCGGGGACAAGCAGGAGACGGCUGUGAACGUGGGCAAGUCCGUGUCCCUGGUUCCGCCAAACGCACGCACUUUCCUCUUCAACCUGACCGACAAGAAGAAUGCUGAGGAGGAUUCUGAUUCCCGCACGGGGCCACGCCAGAGCGGCCCGCAUGAUGAGGAGAUUCUCCAGCGCAAGAGCUCGCCCGCCUCUCCGGCCGAUGCGGCCGUGGACCGCGGUGGGCCGUCGUCUUCCGACGCUGCGAACUGCAGAGGGAAUCUACCACCUCCGUCUGCACGGCAGGAGCCCGGCGCGGCCCGCGCCGACCAGCAGAAUGAAUCUGCACCAAAGAUCAAGGGCCCGAUGGUUCCGGGGCAGAAUCAUAGCAACGUUCCGUCUGAACACUUGGCAGAGACCUGCGAGGUUGAAGAAGAGCCGUACAACCUUCCGCCGUUAUACCCCAGUCCGAGUUCUGCGUCUUUUCGUAGCGGACGGCGGAUCACAACAACCAGUGCGCGGUCAUUGGCCGAGCAUUUUUCCCCCGCGACGGCGUCGCAGCGGAAAAUGAUGCUGGCGCGCGAGCACUCUUUGAACCGCAUAAACCUCCCCGCACUCAAGGAAGCAUCAGUGGCCCACACAAUCACAGCCACAAGCACCUCCGCGGCCACAGAUUUCGACGCGAGCACUUCCCCGCGUCCCAUGGCCAUGAGCAAAGGGAACAAGGAACUGAGCCGUAUGCGCGCCCUGUUUAUCGAACACACCCUGGACGUGCAUAGGUUCCGUACUGAACAUCCUAACCAUGGCUACGUGCUCGUCAUUGACGGACCCAGCGCCGCCGUGGUCCUCGAGGAUCAAUAUUUGACGCAGGCCUGGCUGAAGCUGUGCGCGGGUGCUGCUUCCGUGAUUGCCUGUCGCGUUACCCCGAAGCAGAAGGCGACAUUCGUUACUCUGAUGCGGAGCCAGCUGCGGCCGGAACCAUUGACUCUAGCUAUCGGGGACGGCGCCAACGACGUUGCUAUGAUCAAGGCCGCCCACGUGGGCGUGGGCAUCAGCGGCAACGAGGGGCGGCAGGCGGUGUUAUCCAAGAAAAAAACGUGUGGUAGCCGAAGAGCAUUAUAUGACAACAGGAACUUGUUAUCCAUAUCAAAUAUCUUGUCCUCGACAAUCUAUCAAAACACACGAUUACCUCCUGCGGCGCGUGACCAGCUGCAACAUGGCAAGUGGAGCUUUGUCGCAUCGUCUGCAACACAGAGCUACAGUCACAGGAUGAAAAGAAACAGUUACAACAGUUUUUUUCGUGCAUAGCUGUCUGCCAGCGACUACUCGAUUGGCCAGUUCCGAUUCUUGCGCAACCUGCUCUUCGUGCACGGGCGGGCCAAUUACAACCGCGUCUCGCUGGUGAUCCUGUUUUCUUUCUUCAAGAAUGUGAUGCUAAUCGUGCCCGUCUUCUUCUACAAUUUCCAGAAUGGGUGGAGCGGAGCGUCUCUUUACGAGAGUUACCUCCUGAUGUCCUACAACCUGUUUUGGACGUCGCUCCCGAUCCUGGUGGCGGGUCUGUGCGACACAGACCUCCCCGACCUUGCCUGCCUCCACGUGCCCGAGCUGUACCAGCAGGGCCGGCUGCAGCGAAGCUUCAACUCCAGGGAGUUCCUGCGCUGGAUGGUGCAAGGCAUCGUAACCAGCACCGCCCUGUUCUGGUUCCAUGUCGAGGCCUUCGGGGACGGCAGCGGCUCGCCGCUGAACCAAGGCUGGUUGGAGUUUGGAUCGUCAAUCUUCUAUUCGGUGGUGCUGCUGGUGAACGCACGUCUUUUUCUGGCGACCAAUAGCUGCCAGACCAACCCUUGGUUUCGGGCAACCAUUGCUGUCUUAUAGAGGAAAAAAACUGUGUCAGUGUAGGUGUCUGGGAGAGAGGACAGCAUAAGCAUGACAAAUUUGCUCUACAUGUUGACAUUGAAAGCGGCCUGUCAUGCGCAGGUAGUACGUGAGCACGCAUAUGAAAAGUGGAAACCCUGUCUGUCCAGCAUGACAAUUCUGACCCUAGAUCUCCUGCGGCCGUAGCUGCUUGCGGCGACGGUGCAAAGGUUUUCGAUGUGGCGCAGUCGGGUAUGCAUGACAAAUGUCAUUUGUUGCAUGCUUUGCAUAUACAGUUUUCUUCUUGCAUAUGCCUCCACCGUUUUGUUCAUUCCGUAUUGGUGCAUGUUCGACGCCUUUCUGUACAUGCUCACGCCGCCUGGACGGCAAAAGUACGUGCUCGUGGGGAGCUCUCCGCACAUGUGGCUUUGUCCCCGAAUUUGGCUAUCCAUCUUUCUGUCGGUGAGCUCCUGGGUGCUCCUGGAGCACACGCGCCUGACGUGGGCAUCGGUGCGCAAUCCCACGCCUGUGCAGCAUCUGCGCGGCUUCCUCGCGGGGCACGCGCGUGCACUUCGCCAGUGUAGCGAAUGGCAAGACCGAGUCACCCAACUGAUCCGCGACGCACAGAAACUCACCGGCCUACAAGUUGACGGGGACUUUCCUCUCGGCAAUAGCGAUCACGACCACGCAGACAGCAAAGCGGGUCUCGUAGCUGCAUCAAGCGAGCGCACGGCGUCAGAAUCGAGCUCACCAGGCGGAACACCCGCCGCACAUGCGCAUAAUGAAGCAUCUGCCCCGUCUAGCGCCAGCGAUGCAGACGCUUGCCAGCCCUCGGUUGGUAGUACAACAGCCAAAGAGCAUGUUGCUGCGGCAAAAAGGUCUUCUGUGCAAGCGCCUGCGUCUGGACUAGCAGGAGCGGCUGCUGGUGUGUCAGCUGGCACAGCGGC